AUGGCGUUUCUUUCUCCACUGCUUGGUUUCGGACCACGACUAUCUGGUGGUCGGCAUCAUCGCCGUCAACAAAGCAGGGUUGCGAAAGCUAAUAUUAAGUAUAAUAACGUAUUAAACCACACACCCAAAAAAUUUGGUUCUCGUUCCGGACUGAAACCUCGUGGCCAGAAAAGGAAGCAAAUGGAGGGAGAGACUCGGGAGAAGACGAAGAAAAGAAGUAAAGUUUGUUGUGAUCACAAUGAAGUAAAUGCUAUAUCAAACACCGUUAGCAGUAAGAAUAGUGGUGUGGUUUUAAAUCUGAAUAACCAUGUCACUGUUGAGAUAUUGAGCAGGCUCCCACCGAAGUCACUACUGAGAUUUAAGUGUGUUUGCAAGAAUUGGUUUCACUUAAUUCAAAAAGAUACAACAUUUAUCAAUCUGCAUUUUGAGCGGUCAAAAUCACGACCUCGUCUCUUCGUCACCAAUCAAAUUGAGUAUCAGAAGAAGUAUAAUUUAAUGACGUUUGACAUAUUGCUUGGAGGCACUGUUGGAGGUGUAUCAACUUUAACGUUAAACACCAUACAAGAGAUGGACUUUACUAAAUAUGAUAUGAUGUUGAAACCUGUAAAUGGUUUAAUAGGUUUCUUCAGCAAUACAAGAGACGACCCUGGUGUCUGUAUAUGCAACCCGAGUACCGGAGAAGUUACACCAUGGAUUGAAUCAAAAUUGUUACGCGUUAAAACUAACAUAAGUCACAAAAGGUAUAUGGGUUCCCCAAAUGCUAAUUGUACAUUGGGAUAUGAUCCUGCCACUAAGGAACAUAAGGUGGUUGGCAUAUGGGUACAGUUUGUGAGCACUUAUUUGCUUUCGGAAGGUGAUGCUAAUGAUAAGGAUAGACAAAAGAUCAUUGUGGCAUUUGAUGUUGGAAGUGAGAAGUUCAGAACAAUUACGGUCCCAAGUUACAUCUUUGAUCAGCCUCCUGACUAUGAUAAUGAUGAUGAUAGAAACAAGAAACACUCAACAAGUUCUUGGACUCGAGUAACUAUGGAGCUACCUUACACUCUGGAUGAACAUCACAGUGAAUUUCGUAUAAAUCCAAUUCCAGGAACAAACCAAAUAAUCCUAAGCUCUUAUGUUAAAACAGCUGAUUGGAAAAUAUUUGACACUGCUUAUCACUCAUAUAAUUGGAAAACAAAGAGCUUCAAUGAGAUUGAGAUCAGUGGGAUCCCCUCCUCGGUUCCAUUUUUUACCUCGGAAUCAAGCGUUGCAAUUUUCUUCGAGCACCUUUUGCCUCUUCGGUAG